UUAAAAAAAGAAAGUAUUUUUUUAAGGCAGUGUUGGAAGUGAUCCCUCAGUGUUGCCCGCAGUGACGACAGUGACAUGUAGACAACAAGGAAAUCACGUUUUUCCAUCAUCACUUCUGUGAAGAGCAGGUUGGGUGGUUGAACAUAUUUAAAUGUGAUGCCAGGAAAUCUGUUGCAGUUUGACCUUACCUGAAGCUUAUGGAGCACGUUCUUCUGUCUGAGGAGAGAAAUUUGAAUAUUUUACUUGUUGUCUGACAUUGAAGUCAAUGUGACAAUGGAGGGUUCAGUUCAAAUGCCUGCGCUGUCUCUGAAGAUAGUGGCCAUCGUAUUAAUGAUAAGUGGACUUACAAAAGCACAAACAGCUGCACUCAGUACAGCAGUCUCCGUUUAUGACCCGUGCGAUACCUAUACAGUCCUGGAUCAGCCCUGGAGAGCUACUAACGAAUCAGGAGAUAACGUGUGUGAUCGAGACUUUGAGUGGAGCGGCUGGUAUCGUCUUCUCUAUCAUGGGAUGAACAUUCACAUGCCAGAACACUGUAGUUCGGGCUGUACCACCGCUGCUGCUCUGUGGCUAAACGGCUCACAUCCGCAGAUACAGGAUGGAAUAGUCACCCGUCAGAUCUGUGGUAAUGCUGGUGGAAGCUGCUGCUAUAGUUACUACAGUACAACCUCCAUUCGAGUCAAAGCGUGCCCAGGAAACUUUUCUGUCUAUGAAUUCAUCAAGCCUGUCUCAUGUAAUUUGGCUUACUGUGCAGAUAGCACCACACUAACUCCAACCAACUUCUCAAGUGGAGUCAUUCAAGAAACCAAUACAACAACAGACUCCAGCUUUGACCCAUGCUAUAACUAUACUGCCCUGGACGACUACUGGAGAGAUAUUCACACAAACUACAGAGGACAUGAUGACACCCGUGUAGAAUGGAAGGGCUGGUAUCGACUGUAUCUUCAAGGACAAAGUGCUCAAAUGUCUGAGUGGUGUGGCUAUCAGAUUACAUGUGGUGGUUUUACUCCGCUGAUCCUCAGAGGUUCACAUCCUCAGGUUGGGGACGGAAUUGUGACUCGUGACGUAAUUGGAUCUCGCUGGCUCUUCAUUUCCUGCAAUUACUACAAAUCUAACCCCAUCCAAGUCAAGGCUUGCCCUGGAAAUUAUUACGUCUAUAAACUUGUUAAACCAGACGUAUCGAUCCCGGUUCCUUCAUACUGUGCAGUUUCUUUUAGCAACUCCACUAUAGACCCCUGCUACAACUAUACUGCCCUGAAUGAUACUUGGAGAAACAGCACUGACUCCACCACAAAUUCACACUGUGAUAUGAAUAUCAACUGGGUCGGCUGGUAUAGGCUGUUCUAUCAGGGAUCAAGUGCCAAAAUGCCAGAAUCAUGUGUCAGGCCAGACAACUGUGGCACUAACACCCCACUGUGGCUCAAUGGCUCUCAUCCACGCCUAGAAGACGGAGUGGUAGUACGCAAAUCUGCGGAUCAAAUUUCGGAGACUGCUGUUUUUUCAAAAUCUUUUCCAUUCAAGUGAAGGCUUGCCCAGGAAAUUACUAUGUGUAUGAGUUGUCAAACCAACCUUCUGCUCUGCAGCCUAUUGCACAGAUACUAGCAACAUAACUGGCACCAGCACACCAACAACUACCCCACAGAACCACAUUCUAGUAGCACGACUGAGAGUCCUGACCAGCAAUAACCUGACAGACACCAACAACCAAAUGAUUGUUGUGCAGAAUCUUCAGGAUGAACUGAGGAGGUGGGGUGUGGCAUCCGCUGUAAGAGUGAAAGUGAAACGCGUUCAGAAGAAAAGUCCCUGACUGUUGAUUCUGUGAGCCAAAAGAAUCUGGUUAUACUUCACUGUGUGAAAAACUCCCAGAAUAUAUUUGCUUAAUUAAUUGUUGUGGUAUUUUGGCAUGUAAUACUGUAAAAUACUUCCUAAAAUUCAUAACCCGAAUUCCAAUGAAGUUGGGACGUUGUGUAAAACAUAAAUAAAAACAGAAUACAAUGAUUUGCAAAUCCUUUUCAACCUAUAUUCAAUUGAAUACACUACAAAGACAAGAUAUUUAAUGUUCAAAUGGAUAAACUUUAUUGUUUUUUGAUGCCUGCAACACGGUCCAAAGAAGUUGGGACGGGGCAAAAAAAGACUGGGAUAGUUGAGGAAUGCUCUAAAAACACCUGUUGCCAAUGUUUGCCAUCGGUCAGCACCAACUUUAACCUCACUCCAGCUCUACUGUCAUUACUAAGCUGUGCAAGAACAUUAUAGUCAAUUUUCUUAAUUUGAAUUUUGCAUAAAUAUCAUGAAUAUGGGUUGAAAUCAUAUUAUUUAAAUACAUUAAAUAAGUCUGUUCAUUUAUUUUGGGGUAAUCUUGGGUUGAAUUUCUCUUGUGCUCUAACUCAUUGACUUUGAGGUUAAAAUUAUGGUUCUAGAGCAGGAAAACUUUUAAAUAUAAAGGCUGGAAAAUUACAAGAUUCUAAAAAUAUUAUUGGAGACAUUUGCUCAACUUUGAUUCUGUUUCAAUGUAUGACCCAUAAUUCAUUAUACAUUCAUAAUACAUUAUUUCUUCCUGUAUUGUUUUAACUAGACAGCCAAAAUGGAGGUAAUCAGGACAAAACUGAAUAAAGUUCAAUGAGAACACCUUGCAGUCUUGUGGAUUUUGUAAUUACCUGCACCCACAAGGCACAACUUGGCACUACUGCUGGACUAUGUGUAGUGCAAGGGCCUAU